UCUGCCAGGAUGGACCCGUCGUCAGCGCCCGGUACCGAGUUCUUCUCGAUGGAGAACAUGGCCAAGAACGAGGCCGUCGUCGAGUUCACGCACACGGCCAUGUCGGUCGUCUCGGGCAGCCUCGCCGGCGUCAUGGGCCUCACGGGUCUCCAAGGCUUUGGCUGCAUGAUCCUGCUCUACCUCGCGACGUCCGGCGCGCUCCUCGCCAAGAUGGGCGCCGACUGCUCGCCGUACUUCAACAUGAACGUCGUCAGCUUCCUCUUCUACGGCAUUGGCGGCCACCUCGUCUCGUUCAUUCUCUUUUGGACCCUUGCGUAUGGCCUCGUCCACAUCUACUAGCUGCGCCGCCUCGUAACGUUAACUUGCUUCUUGCCCUUUCUUG